AUGUCUGAGGAAAAGAGCGAUGAAUUGAAGGUGGAGCAGAAGGAAGACCAAGCAGUAGAAUUGAAGAAAGGAAAGAAGAGAAAGAGAGCUCAGCCGGCGAAAGAUGGCUGGAGCGGCAAGAAGGGAGCUGGGCAGAUAUUGAAGUUCGAUGACUCUGAGGAUGAGAUUCUCAAACCUACUCCGGAACGCAUUGCGCAAGCCGGUGAAAUUACCAAGACAGAUUCGAAAGCGACGCAACCCAGCAAACCCCAGCAAAAGCCCGAUCAACAAACACGGCCGAAGAACAAGCAACACGACAAUGCCCGAAAACUUCAACAGGACCUUAGAGUACCAUCUCACGUGAUUCAAAAGCGUGAUGAGCUACGGCAAGUCCGUAAGUCGCUUCCGAUCUGGCCACAAGCGGACGCCAUCAGGGCAGCUCUUCAGAGAAAUAACGUCCUGGUAUUAACUGGAGAAACUGGCUCUGGUAAAUCAACACAAGUGCCCCAGUUUUUGGCCAAUGAGUCCUGGUGUACCGGAUGCAUAGCAAUCACGCAACCUCGAAGAGUAGCCGCGAUCUCGCUGGCACGUCGUGUGGCCGAUGAGAUGGGUAGCUUACUUGGUGACAAAGGCCCUACGGCAAAGGUGGGAUACAGCGUCCGCUUCGAUACAGCUGCGGGAAAACACACCAAAGUUAAGUUUUUGACAGAGGGUAUGCUACUUCAAGAAAUGCUCAGAGAUCCAAACAUGUUGCAGUACAGCGCGAUAGUCGUAGACGAGGUUCAUGAGCGAAGUGUCAACGUCGACUUGAUACUUGGGUUUCUCAGAAAUCUGGUGGCCGCUAAAGAGGGUGGUACAACAAGAAAGCAUCUUCUCAAGGUCGUAGUAAUGAGUGCUACAGCAGACGUAGAGGGCCUUGUUAAGUUCUUUGGAAACAGCCAGCCUGUGUCGAACACGGAGAAGACGAUCGCGAAGGCUGCGAAAGAAAACAGAAGCAACAUCUCGACCUGUUAUGUGGAAGGUCGCCAAUAUCCAGUCAAGACAGUGUAUCUCCAACAGCCAACGCAGGAUUGGGUCGAAGCAGCCCUAAAGCUUGUCUUCCAGAUACAUUACAAGGAACCUUUGCCAGGUGACAUUCUUGUGUUUCUGACAGGUCAAGACACCAUCGAGGGGCUCGAGAAGCUUAUAAACGACUACGCUGAAGGUAUGGAUGACGAGGUUCCCAAGCUUCUUGCGCUGCCUCUUUUCGCCGCUCUUCCACAACACGCCCAGCAACGCAUCUUCCAGCCAACACCCUAUCGCACGCGGCGCGUUAUCCUUGCAACUAACAUCGCCGAAACAUCAGUUACUGUCCCUGGUGUUCGUUUCGUGAUAGACUGUGGCAAGUCAAAGAUAAAGCAAUUCCGGAAUCGCUUGGGUCUCGAAUCGCUACUUGUGAAACCAAUUUCCAAGUCUGCAGCUAUCCAACGCAAAGGUCGAGCUGGUCGUGAAGCACCUGGUCAAUGUUAUCGGCUGUACACUGAAAGCGGAUACAAUACUAUGGAAGAACGCACAACGCCCGAGAUCCUGCGUUGCGACCUUAGUCAGGCAAUCUUGACAAUGAAGGCGCGAGGUGUCGACGAUGUACUCAGUUUCCCAUUCCUCGAUCGGCCACCGCGAGAAGCCCUGGAGAAAGCUCUCUUACAGCUCUUAAACCUACAAGCACUCACCGAGACUGGUGGGAUCAGCGACACUGGUCUCAAAAUUGCGAAGUUCCCACUCACACCUACACUCGGACGAGUACUAGUUGAGGCAGCGAAACCAGAGCGGGACUGCCUGCUCGACGUGGUCGAUGUUAUAUCCGCACUCAGCGUCGAGAACGUCUUCCUGAACCUUGUGACUGAGGAGCGCAAAGAAGAAGCAGAAGAAGCUAGACGUGAGCUGUAUCGUCGAGAAGGUGAUCACCUAACACUUCUCAUGGCUGUGCAACGAUACGCUGCUGAACAAAAGUCACAACGCAAAGCCUGGUGCGACAAGCACUACGUAUCUCACCGUGCCAUGGAGAAUGUGAUGAACAUCAGGAAACAAUUAAGACAGCAGUGCACACAACAAAAACUACUUUCUGCCGACGACGGGGAGUCCGAAAGUGCGCCCUCGGAAGCUAGGAGUCAGGCCAUACUCGCAUGUAUGCUACGGGGAUUCAUCUCCAAUACGGCGAGAUUGAUGCCGGAUGGCAGCUACAAGACGUUGAUAGGCAACCAAACUGUAGCGAUUCACCCUAGUUCGGUGCUCUUUGGAAAGAAAGUGGAAGCUAUUGUCUUCAAUGAGUUUGUGUUCACAGGCAAGGCCUGGGCUAGGGGCGUCAGUGCAGUUCAGUUAGAUUGGGUGUCAGAAGUGGUUGAAGCCAUCAUGUAG